AGGAGUUCGAGAAGGACGACGUUUGAGUUUUGAGCGCAGCACGCACAGGUGCAGCUAUUUUAAGUUCGUCCAAACGACAGAGAAAGUGUCCUGUGGUCGGUGGUCCCUGAAAGUAUCACCCGCAGACGGCAGAACCACCACGAGGCAGCAGCAGCAGCAGCAGCAGCAGCAGCAGCAACUGCAACCGCAACCGCGACCCGCCAAUCUCGCGUCAAACCAAAACUGUCACAGGAUAAACGUCAGACUGCGCCGCCUCUGAUCCUCAAGAUCCUCAACCCAAAAUAAUCGCGGCGACUUUGCUUUGCAAGCAUCCACUUUCUCCUUCAUCUCCACCUUCUCCGACCACGUUACUGUUGUUUUGCACUGCGCCGGCACGAUGAAGGCAAUGAAGAGCAUGAACAUGAAUCGCAUGCUGGGUUCGCUGAAGCGCAAACCGAAUUCCAAUGGCGACAAUGCGUCCGCAGACUCGCAGCUCGACACGCCCGAAGCAAAUGCUGCGAGGAGUGUGCGACUGUUCUGCGAGUCUGGAGGCCCGAAUGGCUCGGGCGAAGAAGUCCUCUACCUCCCCACGAUCGUCGAGUCCUGCGAAUCAUCCCCAGCCGCCGCAGAGAAAGCAGCCUAUGUCAUCAGAAAGUACCUCUCGAAAGAUAACUCGUCGAAGCCGUACGUGCAGUACAAUGGCAUAAUGCUUAUCCGGAUCCUGGCCGACAAUCCAGGUAAGACGUUUACCAGAAAUAUGGACGCGAAGUUCGUGCAGACGGUCAAGGGACUUUUGCGGGUGGGAAGGGAUCCAAGCGUGAAGCAAAUAUUGAUGGAGACGCUGGAUACCUUUCAGCGGACGAAGGCGGAGGAUGAGGGACUCGCGCUGCUGAACGAGAUGUGGAAGAAGGAGCAUGAGAGGAUGGUCAAGAUCCAUGGCCCAGCAGGACCAAGAGUAAUGAACGCCCCUCCUUUCGACCCCAACAGCCAAAACUACUUCUCUCGCAACCACAACUCGCGCUCCCUUCCCCCACCCCACGAGCUCUCCUCCCGCAUCGAAGAAGCACGCACCUCUGCGGGUCUCCUCUCCCAAGUCGUGCAAUCGACGCCCCCAUCCGAGAUCCUCUCCAACGAACUGCUCCGCGAAUUUGCAGAUCGGUGCAAGAGUGCAAGCAGGAGUAUCCAAGCAUACAUGAUCGCCGAGAACCCCAGCCCAGACAACGAUACGAUGGAGACGUUGAUUGAGACCAACGAGCAGCUUACCUCCGCGAUGAAUCAACACCAGCGAGCUAUACUGGCUGCGAGGAAGGCUGCAGGCUUAGGAAAUGGUUCACCUGGGUUGACGCCGCCAGAUAGAACCGACUCUGGAUUCCCUGCUCCUCCGGGUCCUCCGCCGAAUCGAACACAGUCUGGCUUCGCAGCUCCUCCAGGCCCACCCCCUACGCUGUCGAAACCAACACCUAAUCGCAAGCCAGCGCCUCAAAUCCCACCUCCUGGCGACUACGCACCAACAGGUCUCGAUGACGAUAACGAGAAUCCGUUUUCAGAUUCAUCAGAAAAGGCCAAGAAAGUCCCCCCAUUCCCAGAAGACAGACCAUCGGCAGCGACAGGACAGUUCAAUGACAGGUUGGGGAUUGAGCCGUAUCAUCCUGGCUUCAAGGAGACCAAGAGUUACGUGAAUAGACAAGAUAGCAGCAGGGGGAACAUGACGAUGCAUGCUGCUGCUGAGCUGGAGAGUCCGGUCGAGGAGAGGGCGGCGGGCCCCGCGAGCAGAAUUAGUGGGUAUGGCGUUAAAGCGGGGAACGAAGCACCGAUUUAUAGAUACUGAGAGGUUCCUGAGAGGGUGGAUUGGGGACUUCUUGUGGAUAUCUUGGGGGAGACUUUCAGGGAAGAUUUGGGGAGCUGGCGUUUACCAUACGAGCUUUCAAGAGAGGCGGUCUGAUGAUUUGAUGAUGAGCGAUGAUGGAGGAUGACGAGUGUCAGUAACAUUGUGAAGACAUGUAUACUUGCAGUUGGACAGCGGCAUUUUUGAUACCAAUUGAACAAACCUUCCUUUUUGUAUUUUUCCGUCUUUGUCGCUUUGUCUGCCUGUCUUUCAACCUUCAAGUCGAGAAAGACUCCAGUGAGUACAGAAAAUACUGAUGCCCCCAGGUUUCAACUCCAUCCUUUUUCUUAGACGCGUUAUGAAGUGGAGCCGAGGUCAGAACUUGGGAGACAGGCCGUCGACUCUUCAAUACGGAAAGCUGGAGAGGCACAGCAUCCCAGCAGUCGAUAAGGAGAUCUCACCUCCCUGUAGCCACGCGAAAGAGAUCCAUUGCGUGUUCGUUC